UCGUAAUAUCAAUAAGAUCCCUCAGAGUAACUGUUUGGAUUUUUUGAUUUGAUGUUAAAGUCAAACGUUUUUUUGACCUUCCAAUUGUUUGACUAAUUAAAUCGUUAAUUGCCUCAUGCUUCGUCGGCCAUUCCCUGUGAUUAAUGUAAAGCGUUUACUGAGGCCUAAACGAUCAUGUAAUCCCUUUGAGAAAAGGCUCUCAAGCACCGGUCCAAGGGGUGGAGGCCGAAAGUUUUUGGUCAGUCUUGUAGGAGCAACUGUUCUUGGUAUUGGUGGUUCUAUUGCCUAUGACAGCUAUGAUCCGAGUUUUAGAAAGAAAAUCAAUCAAAAUGUUCCCUAUGCUGAGGAUAUUUUGAAUUUUUUAAUUGGACCAUCUGAAAGUGGUGCUAAUGAAUCUGCUAAAUCUUCACCUUCAAUUCAAUCUAUUAGUCAAAAUGAAAGUUUGAUGAAAAAGAAAUUGGAAAGAAGUAAAGCUCAAGCUGAACAAGAGUCUAGUAAGACUGUUUCUUCGAGUCCGAUUAUGUCUUCUUCUUCUUCUCUACCACCCCAGCCCACAUCGGUUCCACCACCGCCAUUGGAAAUCCCUACAUCUUCUCAACCCAAAUCACCGGUAGUGGAAAAAUCUAGUGAAAUUAAGGUUACCCCGGCUAGUAAAAGUAAAGAAUCUGUAAAAGAUGAGAAACCAGUUGGUAUUGUUAAACCAGUCCCAAUUGUUCAAGAAUCAAAAGAUGAAACUAAAUCUACUAUCGAGGUAUUUAAAUCAUCAGUGUUUUACAAUGAACUUGUUCUAAAUUCAAUUUUCUUUCCCUUCCAGGCUCAUAAAAGUGAUAUUAGUCCAGUCUCACAAUUAAGUGAACAAAGAUCCGAAACCGCUGUUGAACAUGAGAUGGUUCAACAAUAUAAAAAAAUAGAUGAACUUGAAGCAGAUUUUGAGAAAAAGAUUGAUUUGAUUCGCGAUGAAUAUGAAAAAGAAUUGAUAAAACAACUGAAACGUCAAGUUGCUGUUUACCUUGACCAUCUCAAUGACCAAUUAGAAGUCCAAAAAUUAGAACUGGAAAGAAUGCAAAUAUUAGACCAAGAGGAUAAAAUUUUAGCAAUUAAAGAUAAAUAUUUUUCAGAACUUAGCGGAGCAUUAAACAAAUUACACGACAUUGAAGGCGUUUUAAAAGCACGGGAAAAGUUGGACGAAGAAGAAAUUAGAGCAAGAAAAUUAUGGCUUCUCUGUCAAUCAUUGAAAGAUUCUCUCAAAUUCAAUGGACUGAACGAACCUAAACCACUAAAAGAUGAAAUAACCACAAUGAAGAAAACGGUUGAUGGUUUAUCGAUUCAAAGUCCAAUGACUUCGUCAAUUCUAAACAGUAUACCUAAUGAUGCCAUCGUAGAAGGAGUUCACAAUGAGGACAGUCUCAUCGAAAGAUUCAAAAAAGUGGACAAACUUUGUAAACGCGUCGCUUUGAUAGGAGAUAACGGAGGAUCUCUUGGUCAAUACGUUUUGUCCUACCUACAAUCUGUAUUGAUUAUCGAUUCUGUUAAAAUUCCUGAACAAGAAUUAUCUGGAACCAUGCAAGUUGACCCUUCUAAAUGGGACACAUUUGAAAUUCUUGCUCGAGUUAAACAUAGUCUCAAUCAACGUAAUAUUGAACAAGCCUUGAAAUACGCUAAUCAAUUGCGAGGAGCUCCUCGUAAAGUAGCAAAAGAUUGGAUUUCGGACACAAGAACCCAUUUAGAAGUCCGUCAAGCGGCCGAGCUUCUUCAAGCAUUAGCUGCCACAAUCACAAUAAGAGCUGUUAAAUGUAAUUUUAGUUGUGAAAAAAAAACAAAUCGAGUUAAUUGGCUUCUCGAAAAUCAGUAAAAAAAUUGUGUUACGAUUUGUUUCAAAAUGAAAACUUCAAGGAAACAAUGGUGACGAAAGUAUCGAGAUGAAUUUUUCUCAAUGGUUAUGAUUGGAAAAUGUUAUAAACUGAAUACUUAUUUAAAAACAAAAUCUAUUGUAUCAAAAUCACAAUUUUCUUGGUUAUCAUUAGGAAUUCAAAUCAAU